AUAUGGAUUCUCGGUAUUUUCAGUCAACGGCAAGUCAUGACUUCAGAAACAGAAGCAGUGGAACUGAUUUUGACAGGUCAUCUAGAAGCUAUGGAGAUGGCUGGACAUGUGGGUCAUGUCAGUUCUACAACUUUGGGUCUCGUUCCUCUUGCCUUAAGUGUGGUCCAAAUGAAGUGUAAGCCUUUGCAAUCCAGAGAGUGAAAUUGAUAUCCCAAAUCCGGUGCACACCUUCAAUCAAGCUUUUCACAAUUAUCCUGAAAUUUUGAAAGAAAUUGAGAAACAAGGAUUUGAACAUCCUACACCUAUACAAUGCCAGUCAUGGCCCAUCCUCAUGAAAGGACAUGAUAUGAUUGGCAUUGCGCAGACAGGGACUGGAAAGACCUUGGCUUUUAUCUUGCCAGCUUUGAUACAUAUAGUUCACCAACCUGUCCCAAGGUGGGAGCGUUUAGGACCCACGUGCCUUGUUUUAGCUCCCACAAGAGAGUUGGCUCAGCAAAUUGAGAAAGAGGUUACAAAAUAUCAAUAUCAGAAUAUCAGAUGUGUGGUUGUAUAUGGCCAAGGAGACAAGAGGCAACAAAUCAGGCAAAUCAAUGCUAAAGCAGAGAUUGUUGUUGCUACCCCAGGGAGACUUAAUGAAUUCAGUGAGAAGGAAAUUAUCAACCUGAGUGGUGUCUCAUACUUAGUCUUAGAUGAGGCUGAUCGCAUGCUAGAUAUGGGCUUCGAGCCGCAGAUUAGGAAGAUCAUAUUAGACAUUGCAACUUGGCCUGAAGGUGUUCGCAGCUUGGCUGCUAAACUCUUGAAAAAUCCUAUACAUGUUGUCGUGGGAAGCCUGGACUUGCAGGCUGCAAGUACAGUAUCACAGCAAGUAAUAAUCUGUAAAGAAGAAGAAAAGAGAGAUAAGUUGCUUGACUUCAUUAACAGAUUAGGGGAAGAAGAUAAAGCCAUAGUGUUUGUGGGCAGGAAGAGCAUGGUGGAUUAUCUGUCAGUGGAGAUGAUGGAAGAAGGAAAAUGUGUACAAAGCAUGCAUGGGGAUAGAGAACAAGAAGAAAGAGAGAAAGCCCUAAGUGAUUUGAAGAGUGGCAGAGUAAGAGUCCUCCUUGCAACAGAUGUUGCAGCUCGUGGAAUUGAUGUUAUUGAUAUUAC